AUGUCGAUGACGAUAAUCGUUACACGGAUGUCUAACAAGUCAUUUGACGAACUUCUCUCAAAAUUAGAAAGUGGAAAAAAAGUAUCAAAUAGUGGUCGUCCAUCAAUUUCACCUACAGAACGAUUAUGUGUGACAUUAAGAUUGUACAUGUGGGUUUUCAUCAAUACUAAUGUGGAUCUAAUUGUAUUAGUGUCACCAAACAAGUCUAAUAUUAUUAAAUUUAAUAAUACAUCUCACAAUCAUCCUGUCUCUACUCCGAAGACUUUAGCAUUGAAUCAAGUAAAAAGUGCUGUAAAAAGAAAAGCAAAUAUAGAUUUAAACUCAAAACCAGAAGAUGCCAAAUUCCCACCUUUACUGUGGGCAAAAGAACCAACUGACGAACCUCGUACUACUAACGGGGCUGAAUCAUUUCACAAACUGAGUAGAGAACUAUUUAUACUAAAUAGUGAUUUACCAAAUAUUACGCACAAUGAUAUUACAUCAGUGCGAAAGGCAAUUUAUGACAAGAAGAGAAAACAAUACCCAAUUUACCCUACUAAUUUAAAUGAAGCUAUAUCACAAUUGAAUAAUAUUCAAAAUAACGAUUUAUGUUUAUUUAAAAGUGAUCAAUUUGUUUUUGUUCCCGAAACCAAUGACUUCGUUUGUAUAACAACAAGCCAACAUUUUAAUUUUAUGUCGAAACAAACCGAAUUAUUCGGAGAUGGUACUUAUAAUUUUGCACCAAAAUUUUUUUUACGGUUAUAUACAUUACACACAUAUUAUGUAAACGGUUUUCACGUGCCUAUUGCUUAUUUUUUUUUACCGAACAAACCAAAACAAAUUUACAUUAAAAUGUGGAAGUAUCUCUUGAAAAUAUGUCCAGCUCUUAACGUUCAAAAGCUGAAUUUGGACUUCGAAAUCGGUGCUCACGAAGUAGUCAAAGAAAUAUUUCUAAAUGUGAUUAUUGAAACUUGCCGUUUUCAUAUAGUCCAAGCUUGGCGGAGAAAAAAAUAA